AAAAAACUUUACACAAGGAGAGAGAGAGAGAGAAAGAGCGAGAGAUCGAGGCAAAAUGAGAAACUCGCAGAGAUUUUGAAAGAGGUUUUAGUUUUGAUUCUGUUUUCUCCAUUUUCACAAAACCUUCUUUUCUGCCUUAUAAAUUGGUGGAACGAACUGGCAGUUUCAUCAUCAUCAUUUCAACUCUGUUAUCCCAGCAUUCACGUGUUCUUCCCUUCUCUUUUCUUCUCUUUUCUUCUCUUCCUCUGUUUUCCUUCCCCAUUUCCAUUCCUCCAGAAACAACUCAAACCCAUCAAUCUUUCUUCCUCCAUUAAAGGGGUUCUUCCAAACCCAAAUUUGAUAGAAGGGCAACUCUGUUUUUCAUUGAUUACAAUCAAAAUGGAAGGGAAAAAGCAUGUGGGUCUCGGAUCCUCUUCUUCUUCUCUCACUACUGACCUCUUUGGCUCCAAAGAGACUUCCUAUUCUUCCACCACUGGGAUUUUUGGCUCUAUUUUUGCACCUUCUUCAAAGGUUUUAGGGAGAGACUCUCUGCUUUCUCAGACCAAAGAGGGAGAGAGGGAUUCUGUAAAUGAGCCAUGGAUCCCCAACGCUGAAGCUCAAGAUGAUACUGCUAAUCAUACACAAAAGGAGAGUCCGGAGAUGAAGAAUAAAGAUAUGAGUUCCAUUUAUCAGGAUCAGAGAGCACAACCAUGCCAUCUUAGCUCAUCAAUCUAUUAUGGUGGCCAAGAUGUUUAUACUCAUCCUCAGAAUUCGUACAAUUCCGAGGUGAACUCUGCGUACAAGAAGGAAGGGGGAGAAGAUGAUUCUGGGAGUGCUUCAAGAGGAAAUUGGUGGCAAGGAUCUCUCUAUUAUUAGUGCUAGAUCACUUGCCAAGGUUUAUAUACUUAUUAAGGUACAUAGGAUCAUAGAGCUGCAGCACUACUUCUACUUCACCUCUUAUUGUAUGAAGCUAGACGAUAGCGAGAUCGUUGUGAGAAAAAGCUGGUUGAUCCAUUUUUCCAGCCAAAACAACAGAAUCUCUUUCAAGUUAAUUAUUAGUAGUUUUAUAGGCAUCUUUCUCAAUUUUACUGUAAAGAAUGCUACUGCUGCUGCUUCUGGUGUUUGUUGUUUAAACCUUGGCGUUUUUAGCAUAAAGGAAAUCUGGGUUGCUGUUUGCUUAUUAGUAUCAUAUUGGAACUUGAAUCAAAAUCUUGAAUAUAUAUAUUUCGCUCUCAGAAUGAUCGGGGAUUGUUUGGUUAGGUAGUUCAUGAAGCUCUCUCUGGUUUUCUCCUUGUUUUCCUUAGAAAGCCAAACAAGGCUGAAGCAAUAUGAGAAGUCAAAGUAGUUGGGAGUGUCAUUUUCCCAUCCUUAUUCAAGAGUUAAGGAUAUCUUGACAAAGUUGGAUGGCCAAACCAGUCAUUUUCUUUCAAGGAGUUUUUAUGGUCUUGCUUUUCCAAGGUCGUUAAGUUUGGCCGUUAAAAGGGAAAAUAAUUGAAAAGAUGGUGGGAUGGGGACAGAGAUUCUGCA